AUGCAGCUAACAUUUGAAGGGCAUUCCCACUCGGUCUGGUCGGUGGCCUUCUCACCGGACAGCCGCACGCUGGCGUCGGCCUCGGACGACCAGACCAUCAAGCCCUGGAACACGGCCACAGGCGUCGAGCAGCGCACGCUGACCGGCCACCCCCACCCAAAUACGGCCACGGGCGUCGAGCAGCGCACGCUGACCGGCCACUCCCACCCAGUCAGGUCGGUGGCCUUCUUACCGGACGGCGGCACGCUGGCGUUGGUCUCGGACAACCAGACUAUUAAGCUCUGGAAUACGGCCAUAGGUGUUGAGCAGCGCACGCUGACCGGCUAUUCUGGCUGGGUCAACUUAGUAGCCUUUUUGCCGGACGGCGGCACACUGGCGUCGGCCUCGAACGACCGGACUAUUAAGCUCUGGAAUACGGCUACAGGUGUUGAGCAGUAUACGCUGACCGGCCACCCCUACCCAGUCAGGUCGGUGGCCUUCUUGCUGGACGGCCGCACGCUGGCAUCAGCCUCAGACAAUCAGAUUAUUAAGCUCUGGAACACAGCCACAGGUGUUGAGCCGUGCAUGCUGACCGGCCACCCCUACUCGGUCAACUCGGUGGCCUUCUCACCGGACGGCUGCACGCUGGCGUCGGCCUCGGACGACCAGACUAUCAAGCUCUGGGACACAGCCACAGGCGUCGAGCAGCGCACGCUGACCGGCCACUCUGGCUGGGUCAGGUCGGUGGCCUUCUCACCGGACGGCGGCACGCUGGCGUCGGCCUCCGACGACCACACCAUCAAGCUCUGGGAUACGGCCACGGGCGUUGAGCAGCGCACACUGACCGGCCACUCUGGCUGGGUUAAGUCGGUGGCCUUCUCACCGGACGGCGGCAUGCUGGCGUCGGCCUUGAACGACCGGACCAUCAAGCUCUGGGAUACAGCCACGGGCGUUAAGCAGCGCACGCUGACCGGCCACUCCUACUCGGUUAACUCAGUGGCCUUCUUACCAGACGGCCGUACGCUGGUGUCGGCCUCGGACGACCGGACCAUCAAGCUCUGGGAUACAGCUAUGGGUGUUAAGCAGCGCACGCUGACCGGCCAUUCUGGCUGGCACACGCUGACCGGCUACUCCGACUGGGUCAAGUCGGUGGCCUUCUCACCGGACGGCGGCAUACUGGCGUCGGCCUCCAACAACCAGACUAUCAAGCUCUGGGACACGGCCACAGGUGUCAAGCAGCGCACGCUGACCGGCCACUCUGGCUGGGUUAAGUCGGUGGCCUUCUCACCAGACGGCGGCACGCUGGCGUCGGCCUCCGACGACCACACCAUCAAGCUCUGGGAUACGGCCACGGGCGUCGAGCAGCGCACGCUGACCGGCCACUCCGACUCAGUCAGCUCCCGCUCGGUCUACUCGGUGGCCUUCUCACCGGACGGCGGCUCGGGCCCUGUGGCUUCCUACUGACUAUCGUCCUUUUGUGUGUUUUGCUAUUAAGGAUUCUAUGCUUGCCUUUGGGUUAUAUAGUGGGCGCGUUCCAAUCAUAAGAUUUGAUUUUGAAUAGGAAAAUAUCUGUGUACUCUACUCCAGUCCCUUAUUUUCUAAUCUCUUUUUAAAAGAAGGGCCUGGGAUAUGCAAC